CCGCAGGAUACUGUUGCAGUAAGGAAAAGAGGCCAGCAUGAACGAAUCUCAAUUCUGAUUUGGACAGAGGAAAUAGGCCCCUGCUCGCCCACUACCCGAGAUCCGCGAGCAACGAGCCCACGAGCUCUGCCAUCCCAUUAGGAGGAAAGCUGCUGUUCAGUCCAUGAAGACGUGUGCCGCAAGAGUAGGAGACACUCCCAAAGAGUUUCAGUGCCCAUUUGGACGUCCACAAUCAGAGAUCGCAGCAGGGGUGGCAUCCUGGAAAGCUACUGAGCCUUGGUCUUUUCAUCCAGUAUAUGCAAGAUACUGGCGACAUUAUCAUCAGGCGAUGGCCCGGAUGCGAAGCCACCAUAGUGCCCACAGGAAGGCCGUGGAAUCGUAUUUCAGUUGCCAGUGGUCCUUCCCUCCCGCAGCUCUUCAGAGCUCUUACACUAACAAGGCCAAAUCUCCUCGGCCCUCUCGUGACCAUCUCGCGGCUUCCACGGACUCGCACUGCGGUUCUGCACAUUCCAGAAGGUCUGGGCAGCAUCCACCAGCCCGCCCAAGAGAACGCCGAGCUCGGCCCGCCACGGAGGAGGCGGAGUCCGAGUCAGACCGCGGCGUGGAGUGCGACCUGAGCAACCUGGGGAUCACGGAGGGGCGGCGCCAGUACUUCGCCGAGACCGAGAGGCACAGGGAAGCGCGCCGGCGGCAGCAGCAGCUGGACGCCCAGCGCCUGGACGACAACGUGAACGCCCACCACGACCUGUACCACAGCACCCGCCGCUCGGUGGAACCCCCGUCCGAGAGGCCUGGCGAGCGGCGCGAGGCCGAGAUGAAGCGCUUGUACGGGGACAGUGCCGCGAAGAUCCAGGCCAUAGAGGCCGCCGUGCAGCUGAGCUUCGACAAGCACUGUGACAGGAAGCAGCCCAAGUACUGGCCGGUCGUUCCGCUCAAGUUCUGAGCCCGCGGCGCAGGGUACCCAGCCAUCACCCCCUUCCUCCUGGAUUCACUCAAUCUCUCCUUCUGUGCAUUUUCUCAGGGAAAUUUCUCUUAUACUGAGAAAUAAGCAUGUCACCAAAGUCCCAGGGGGCCCAUCUCAGGGCUGGAUAUAAUACAUUGGCCGCUUGAAGUCGGCAAGACAUGUACUGUUGCCAACAUGAAAGAUUUUCUUUUGACCUAAAAUGAUAAUUUCAUAUAUAUUAUGCUUGGUUUUGAUGUCACUAAUAAUGUUCAGUUCAUUAAAGUCCUCACAGGAAAAAAUAAAACAUGUAAGGACUUCUCUCUCUCUCUCUUUUUUUAAGAUUUUAUUUUUAAGUAAUCUCUACACCCACCCUGGGGCUUGAACUCACAAUCCCAAGAUCGACAGUCAUUUAAUCUACUAACUGAGCCAGCCAGGUACCUCUUUAAAGGCCUUCUUUAUUAAAGAAAAUAUAAUGGGCACCUGACUGGCUCAGCUGGUGUAGCUAGCUACUGCUUGAUGUCGGCGUCGUGAGUUGGGUGUAGCGAUUACUUAAAAAUAAAGUCUUAAAAAAGAAAAUAUAAGAUCAGAUAUGAACUUUUCUUUGAAGAAUGGAAGCCUGUUUUUAAUUAGCGAAGGGCUCACUAACUUGAUUUGGAAAACUUCAAAAAGCUAAAUACAAAUCUCAAAGUGAAUGCACUUUACAUUGCACUUACUGCAAGAAUCUAUCCUUUAGAUAAAGGGAAGAGAAUGCAUACUACUGUACAUGCUGUGAUGAGGA